AUGGUACACACCGUUAUUGAUGGUCCAGUUAACGAAGAAAAAGAGCUGAAAAGAAUUGUUUCGUUAGAGUAUCGCGUCAAUGAACUGGAAAACAAGCUAUUAAAAGAGGCGACGGCAGCAUUGGAGAAACGUGUGGAAGAGCUAGAAGCCUCGCUAAAAGAGUCUAACGAAGAACGGGAUAAACUUCGUGAAACAUUAAUGCAACAACAUCAUGAGUGUAUGCAUUCUGGCGGCGAGGGUAAAGAAGUCGAUGCAAAGGCAGCGACUAAGAAAUCCACUAACAAUACGGAAAACGUAUCCGACGAUGCUGAGGAAAAAGAAUCUAAUACAACGGAUACGGAGGAUGAUGGUGCAUAUGAAAGAAUACUAAUGGUAAUUGAGAAGAUGAGACAGGAUUGUAUUAGAGCAGUCAAUUUGAAAAUUCCAACCAGUUCGAGACUUCCAAAGAACCCGUUUGGGUCGAGAAAUACAGCCACCAAUAAAACGUCUAGCGCAAGCGCGAGUCCUGCCGUCUCACCCACAAAGGUGCCUAUGCGUUCGAGGACGCCCAGCUGUCCAUCCAUCACUCCUGUUUCUUCUCGACCUGGUACGCCUCCGUGUACUGUUCCUAGUAGUCCAUUGAGUCUUACUCCAUCGGGAAUUCAUGUGAACACAUCACCCACAGGUAUCCCGUUAAAGUCUAGCAAUAUUCCGAUGCGCAGCAGUUCAAGGCCAACGACUCCAAUACCGUCUUCUCCGUUAUGUUCUCCUGUUCAAGUUGGCACAACGUUACCGACAUUUGAGAACACUGAACUUCCACCACUUAGGAGCAUCGCUAUUCCUAUUCGUAAAGCAACAUCAAAUAGCACUGGCUAUUCUUCAAUACCAGGUACACCGAUAUCAUCUUCACCGCUAGCAUCAUGCUCUUCCUUGGCCUCUUCACCGAUGUAUCAUGGUCACUUGUCAAGUUCUCCUCCGUCGAAUGGUCACGGUUACGUGCAUGCGGGUACAUCUGAUCAUGCACCGUAUAAACAUACGGGCAUUCCUCUCAGAUCUAGGGCGUCCAGUUACAGUCUAAGUAGCAUUUCUAGGCCAUCUAGUCCGUUCAGAGCAGCUACGAUGCAUUCACUCUUCCACACAGAAAAGAUAACAUCUGUACAGAACUGA